AUUAAGUAUUAUAACUCAUUUGAACAAAACACUUUUACACGAAUUUUGAAUUAUCAUUUGUGGCUGGGUGUUGUUAACUCUGAGUGUUUUGAAUAAAUAAUCCACACUGAACAUGUCCUUCAAAAAUAUUUGCAGUGUAUUUAGCGAAAACAUAUGGGUUGACGUGUGAUACUUGACGUUUACAUUUUAGUCGUGGUUUAUUUGUUACAAAUUUUAGUUUGGUUCGUGUGAGAUACAUUAGUGAAUGCCAAAAAAAUGGCGAAUUAAUAAUGAUUAUCUGCUUAAUUUUUUUUAAAACAAAAUUUUAUGUGAAUUAUAUAAGCAACACAGCAGCGAACAUCAUAUCAACAAUUCCUAAGGCAUUUAAUAUAAAAUGCAAAUAUAAAGAUAUAUUGAAACAUAAAAAUUUAUAAUCUCAAUGAGUUUCCUAAAUCGCAAUAAUACUGCAUCAAUACACACAAGCUCAUCAUAUGCUUACAACGAGCUUGACAAUCCCAAUACACAACGUACCAACUCAUCGAGGUCAGUCAUGUAUACGAGAGACUGGCGUACUGCGUUACGUACGCCACCGACCUACCGCAUUGGCAAUCGUACCGUGCGAUUCAACUACCACUUCGCAUUACUAGUGGCAACAGUAUGUGCACUAUUCGUAUUAUUCUUUUAUGUACGCACAGGGUCCACAUCCUCAUCGGAGGCGGCGUGGAUAAAAACCUAUGCCAGUUCCACAAGUGUGCGUAGUAGUCCUGAAAAAUUUGAAAUGAAACUUAGUGAUCUACUAAUUUAUAAUUCUACAUAUCCAUUAACUCCACCAAUUUUAAGUCGCGGUGGUAGCGUAACAUAUCGCAUUGCCAUGGUGGCAGACCUGGAUACAAACUCAAAAGUUGCUAAAGAUGAUGGCAGCAUUACGUGGCGUAGUUAUCUGAAAAAAGGAUACUUGACGCACACGAAUGGCAACCAAGAAAUCAAAGUUAAGUGGGACACUGACACGCCCAUAGUACUCGAAAGCAGUUUUUCUUUAAAAGGGCGUGGCAUGGAACUUUCUGAGUUGGUCACUUUUAAUGGAAAAUUGUUAACGUUUGACGAUCGCACGGGUUUGAUAUAUGAAAUCGUGAAUGAUAAAGUUUUACCUUGGAUAAUUUUACUUGAUGGUAAUGGGCAUAAUGCGAAAGGCUUUAAAUCUGAGUGGGCAACGGUGAAGCAACGAAAACUGUAUGUAGGUUCGAUGGGCAAAGAAUGGACUACCAGCAUGGGUGAUUUUGAAAAUGAGAAUCCUAUGUUUGUGAAAGAGAUCACACCAACCGGAGAAGUGCGUUCUUUUGAUUGGGCUAGCAAUUAUAAAGCAGUGCGAGAACAGGCACUGCAAAUCACAUGGCCUGGAUAUAUGAUACACGAAAGUGGUUUGUGGUCGGAAGUACAUAAAAAGUGGUACUUCCUACCAAGACGUUGUUCUAAAGAAAAAUACAACGAAACACGCGACGAGAAAAUGGGUUGUAAUGUGCUCAUAUCAGCAGAUGAACGCUUUUCAAAGAUUGAAACGGUUUCGUUGGAUCCCGCUAAUACUACACCCGCUCAUGGAUUCUCAAGUUUUAAGUUUAUACCUAACACAGAAGACAAAAUUAUUUUAGCUAUAAAAUCUGAGGAAUUGAAUGGCAAGACGUCCACAUUUAUAACAGCAUUCGAUUUGAACGGUAAAACCAUUUUACCCGAACAGAAAAUCGAAACCGAUUAUAAAUACGAAGGCAUAGAAUUUAUAUAGUAAAAUUCGAUGUUUACGCAAUAUUGAAAGGACUCUCACAAUGCCCGCAUUAUAAACUAUAAAUCCUUCUUGACUAAGCGAAUAAUAUUGUAUAUAUUUAAAUAGGCUAGAUAUAGUUUGU